UCUCCGGGCCAAAUGGCACCUCUAGAUAAGGACAAACGGUACUCUUAUAUCAGCGAGAGAUCAAAAAGUAUUUUUGUCCAAGACCAGACCCAGUAUCAAAGUGCAUCGAUCAAUAUGAAUAUCAACUGAAAACAAAUUAUGGUUUAGAAAAUGUUUAAAAAUAAGAACAAUGGUGAGUGUGAGUAAUGCAUCCAUCCCAUCAUUGAGUUACGAUGUCAUCCCUGUAUUCCCCCCCCCCUCCCCCACAGAGCUCCCCAAGGCGGCCAUGAAGAUCCUCAGCAACAUGACCUUCAUCUUCAUCAGCCUCUCCUACACGGCCGAGUGCGCCAUCGUGACCGCCUUCAUCACCUUCAUCCCCAAGUUCAUCGAGUCCCAGUUCGGCAUCCCCGCCUCCAACGCCAGCAUCUACACCGGUCUGAUCAUCGUUCCCAGUGCGGGCGUGGGCAUCGUGCUGGGCGGCUACAUCAUCAAGAGGCUGAAGCUGGGCGCCCGCGAGUCGGCCAAGCUGGCCAUGAUCUGCAGCGGCGUGUCGCUGCUCUGCUUCUCCACGCUCUUCAUCGUGGGAUGUGAGAGCAUCAACCUGGGGGGCAUCAACAUCCCCUACACCACCGGCCCCACCCUGACCAUGGCCCACCGCAACCUCACCGGCAGCUGCAACGUCAACUGCGGCUGCAGGAUCCACGAGUACGCUCCGGUCUGCGGCUCCGACGGCAUCACCUACUUUAACCCCUGCCUGGCCGGCUGCAGUGGGGUGGGGAACGACAGUACGGGGGUCAGGAACUACACGGACUGCGGCUGCGUCCAGAGCCGGCAGGUCAUCACGCCGUCGUCUGGAGGCCCGGUCAACCAGCUGGUCAUCGUGAAGACCUACCUGAACGAGAACGGCUUCGCUCUGUCGGGGAAGUGCGACCGCACCUGCAAUACCCUCAUCCCCUUCCUCAUCUUCCUCUUCAUCGUCACGCUCAUCACCGCCUGCGCACAGCCCUCCGCCAUCAUCGUCACGCUCAGGUCUGUUGACGAGCAGGAACGGCCUUUCGCUCUGGGGAUGCAGUUUGUCCUGCUCAGAACGCUUGCCUACAUCCCCACCCCCAUCUACUUCGGCGCCGUCAUCGACACCACCUGCAUGCUGUGGCAGCAGGACUGCGGUGUGCACGGCUCCUGCUGGGAGUACGACGUCACCUCCUUCCGCUUCGUGUACUUCGGCCUGGCCGCCAGCCUGAAGUUCGUGGGCUUCAUCUUCAUCUUCCUCACCUGGUACUCGCUGAAGCACAAGGAGGACAGGCCGGCGGGGGCCGUGCCCGGCGGGCGCCACCUGGCCCUGCCCCCGCCGGGCACGGUCAGCGAGCUCAUCUGCCACGCCGGCGGCCACAAGAGCCACGCCCGCACGCGGUCGUGCCCCGUGUUCACGCCCCCCCGGGGAGACCCCGGCCCCAGCCUGCUCCAACGCGGCCACAGCAGCCUCAGUUGCCCCGGUAACGACCUCAAAGCAAUAGCCCCGCCCAUCCUUGGUUCCGCCCACGUCUGAGGGGGGGGCUCCUUUACUCUUGGGGGGGGGGGGGGGGGGGGGGGGGUUUGCCUUCCCGCUGCCGUUUCCCCAGCAACGGAACAGUGUCCACCUUAACAACCAGUCGUGACGCUCUGUGACGAUGGCGGACAGGAAGUGGUCCCCCUCAACUGACGAGCGGCUCGGUAAUCCCAGGGCUGGCCAUCAGGGCGGCGCCGUACCCCGCUAUUUAAAUGGUCUUUUUUUAUCUUCUGUUAUUGUUGUCCCCAUCUGCCGCCUAAACACAGUGUCCUCCAGACGUCCAUAUAUGGGCUUACGACUGCACAACAUUAACCUGGUGCUACCGCUACUUACUGGAGGGGGCGGGGCAUUAUACUCUAGCCUACACUGAUUGGAGAGUAGACGGACCACUUACAAUCCACGCUGCAACUAAAGCACAAAUGUAUCAACCUUUACUAUGCAACAUCCCCAUGUGCACACACACACACACACGUACACACACACACACACACACACGUACACACACACACACACACACACACACACACGUACACACACACACACACACACACACACACACACACACACACACACACACACACACACACACACACACACACACACACACACACACACACACACACACACACACACACACCGGGCGCCUCCUGACUGCCCGUCCUGUACAGCUCGCUCUACAUCACCCGCCUUUGACUGACUUUAUCAGAAAGAUCUUUUUCCUCUCCUUGUGAGGAUGGGUUAGCUGGGCUUCAGCCCGUCCCGUGUGGUCGUGGUCAGUGUUCGGUUCUGGUGUUGCCAGACGUCUUGUUCAUGUCGUUCGAAAUGGACCCAAGUAUUGUAUUUCAUUUACCCGCUCCCGACGGCCUCCCCUAACUCACCUGGUGUGGACCAGUGCCUCUGGAGACAUAGACCUACGCUCGGUAGAUAUAGACCUACGCUUUGUAGACAUAGACUUACGCUCUGUAGAUAUAGAUCUACGCUCUGUAGACAUAGACCUACGCUCGGUAGAUAUAGAUCUACGCUCUGUAGACAUAGACCUACGCUCUGUAGAUAUAGAUCUACGCUCUGUAGAUGUAGACCUACGCUCUGUAGAUGUAGACCUACGCUCUGUAGAUAUAGACCUACGCUCUGAAGAUAUAGAUCUAUGCUCCGUAGAUAUAUAUAUGCUCUUUAGAUAUAGAUCUACGCUCUGGAGAUAUAGAUCUAUGCUCCGUAGAUAUAUAUAUGCUCUUUAGAUAUAGAUCUACGCUCUGGAGAUAUAGAUCUAUGCUCUGUCGAUAUAGAUCUAUGCUCUGUCGAUAUAGAUCUGUGCUCUGUAGAUAUAGAUCUGUGCUCUGUAGAUAUAGAUCUAUGCUCUGUCGAUAUAGAUCUGUGCUCUGUAGAUAUAAAUCUGUGCUCUGUAGAUAUAGAUCUAUGCUCUGUAGAUAUAGAUCUAUGCUCUGUAGAUAUAGAUCUAUGCUCUGUAGAUACAGAUCUAUGCUCUGUAGCCAUAGAUAUAGAUCUAUGCUCUGUAGCGUCCAGUCUGGGCUAGGUAGCUACCGGGCUAAUUAGCUAACCACACCAAGGGCCAAUUGCAUCUUCUCGGACAAGGGGACGUCUGUGUGCUUACUCAUUCUUUGACGGAGGUUCGUUGUUCCAUCUUUAAUUGAGUGCCCAGGGCUUUCUUAUCCAGUGGUCGCCUUGAGCAUUGUGCUCACGUCUCCUGUUCCUGGUCAACAGAGGGGAGCUUUAUUUCCCGCCAAAGCAUCCCUUCUCCUCUUCGUUAAAAGCAAAAAAGGGAAGAGCAGUACAACGGCCCGUCUUAUCACGUGCUUAAACUACUUUGUCUUACAGACGUGACGUAUACAUGUAUGUAUAAGAUACAAGUGGAACCAGAUGCGCAAGUAGGAGAAUCAUUACUUUUGGACAUAAGUACUGUAGUUUUUGGGUACUGCUGUGUUUUUAAUGAAUCAGGCCCAGAUAUUAUUUUCUCUUUUUUCCUUUUUUUAUUGAUGUUAUCGUGAUCAAUUGCAAUCAAUCAUCAAGAAAAUCAUCAAACAUAUUCAUAACUUAGGCUUUGUAUUCUAAUGGCUUCUUACUCGUCAUCAGAUGUACAUAGUACUUUUUUAGUAGUCGUUUUAGGCUUUAAUCAAUUAGAGCAGUGAGCAUGUAACUGAUGAAGGCCCUUUAUCAAACGAUCAUCUGAUAGCAACAAUUCCAUUUAUGGGUGUUGGUGGCUCUCUAGUGGACAGAAUUAAGAUUGUUUAGGAAGGCCAAUGAAUGUUUCUGUUAGUUGUAGUAUUGAACAGUGAAGAGUUGGCAAUGGGGUAAAUGUGUAAUAUAAUCACUGCACAGCUUUCCACUUAUCAUAAAAAACUCUUCAGCCCCAGUUUAUCGCAAAAAACGAUCCAGUACACACCUGGUUCAAAUCUCAUUGUUGUGCCUAUAAAUCGGGUGUAAGGUGACUACCGUUAAAACAAACAAUAAGCACAACGUAGCCCUUACUGGAAUGACUUGUCUUUUGUUCUCUUUGCUCUUCAAUUUUGCUGACCUACAAUUUUACGAUGUUCGUGCACAUUUAACUCAAGUCUGUUGAACCAAAACCGUUUUUUAUUUCAAGGAAAGAUUGUGCAGUGAUUAAACCAUUACCGACCUAACCUUUACCAUGUUUCAUUGUAGUUUGAAAGUGUGUGGGUGUGUGACUAAUGCCAAAUUAUGUUUAAUCUUAGGGUUAUCUUUAAGAAGUAGUACCUCAAAUUACAUAUUCCUGUGCUUGUGUAAAUAUUUUAAGCUAACUAUACAGCUCAAAGUUAGAAGCCUAUUUAUGAUCUAACCUGUAACAAUGUAGUCUUUAAAAUGGAAACAUAAAAAAUGAUAAAAGAUAACAAAGAAAGCAACAUUACUUUGUUUCAUGGUGCCUGACCAAUAUUUUAAUUGCAAGGGGAUGUGUUACUGUUUUAAUUUGAAUGAACCUUUUUGUUAAGAGAACUCCAUGUUGCUAAGAUUCCCAGAAUUCCAUCUUAUUUUCUUUCAUUCGUCUCAAACCGAUUCUGGUCGAUGAGCCGUUAAACACUGACGGCCUCGGAUAGUACAGUUUCCAGGAAAAGGGUACAAUAUUCUGCCAGGAACCGCACAAACGGAUGUGUCCCGGUUGUGUCCCAGAGAAGGUGGUGUCUGGCGGGGUCCUGCUCUGAAACGUCUCCAUCCUACCUUGUGUAUUGCAGCUUGUGCAGCGCACCGCACUGGCCUUUAGUAUUUAAAUCCCGACCUCCGGGUUCGGCCUUGACUUUGGGUUGUAGAAGAAACACAGAAAAGAAUGCCGGGAAACACUUUCCAUUGCAUAUAAGGCCCGUUUUAUUUGAUGGCUCUGGAUAAUUUCAUCCUUUCUCUGGUUUAUUGACCUAACCAAACCUCCCAACACCUGAAAUAGUUAAUCUCAGUCUUAAAUCAGUUCAAUAAUCGGAAUAACUGGGAAAGACAAUGAUAGGAAUAGAUACCAACACAAGGGUCAAGCUGCAAUAGAUAACGUCAGAGGAUGAGAAGCAGGUCUUUCUCUCUUGUACUGUAUCGAGGAACGCUCCAAUACCUGCAUGGGGGCACUUUCAACGGGCCUUAUUCUCCUGCUGGCCAUCUUGGCUCUGAACACCAGCUUGGUGGGGGUCAGAGUGUGGAGGGACGUCCCCCACCCAGCGGGCGUUUGGAUGGCCACGGUGAAUAAGAUGGCUGCCAGGUGAUGUCCCUAUGCUAUUGACUCCCAGAUGACACCACUGCAAUCAUACUUUCCUGAGGAUCUGGGCGAUACUCGAGGUGUUAGCUGGGAACUCCUACAAUUCAUAUCCAGUGAAAAUAAUGGCAUUAAUUCAUUCCAACUGUACACCUCACUUUUCCGAUAAACAGAUGCCUAGACUACUACUACUUCUACUACUGCGAUCGUUAUGACUUCAGGUAGAUUUGCUUCAGUUUUAUUUUAAAACAGUAUUUGGAGGCUGGAAGGUGUUUGCCUUAAUGGACGUACGUUGUGUUCUGAUGGCCCGGCUUUCUCCUCUGCUCUCUGUGUUCCUCAGGCGCUAAAAACAAGUCUUAAUGAUGUUGGUGAGCAGUUGGUUUACAGAGGCCUUGAAUACUGGAUAUUUGUCAUUAAAAAAAGAUUAAAGUCUCA